AUGGAAAAAGAACACCCAGUGGACAUGGGAGUCGAUCAAGAAGUUCAGAUUGCCACCCCUCGAGCAAAAGUGAGAUUCAGAGUGAAGCUGGAAAAGAACAUCUGUGACCGUGUUGAAAGAAGAAAAGUCGUAUAUGACGGG